GUCGUCGGUGCCUGGCUCUAUCCAUCCCUCAGACUGACUGGGCCACCGCUUUCACAACUCAUCUUGUCCUCAAUCACUCACUCUUGCUCGCCAUGAACAAGGCAGGUAUCAGCUGGCCCAUCCAAGAGGAGACAAGCGACCCGCUCGCCGCCUUCUUCCAACCAGGUUCAAAACUCACAUGGCACUACAACUGGAACAAACGAUGGGAUUCUCAACGCCGAGUUCGUUCCCAUGAUGUGAGUUUCAGGCGGUUACCUCGCGACGGCAGCUCGGGAUCAGGCGAAGGCCGAUGAGGUUGUCCUCACGACGGGCAUUCCGGUCUCAUAAGGUCAUGUCCGCACGCUGCUCUGCGCGUUCCAAAGCCGAACCGAAGC